AUGUACCAUGGACUUGUCCUAUGACUUAAGUCUUUAUAAUCAGUGAUAGGACUGCGUUAAGUGUCAGUUAAAUGGUGCCCGUGCUUCUGCCAAGCUUCUGUCACGCUUCACAGUUGGUAAAAGAGACAACGUGCUUCAGAGGAUAAAUCGCCACGAUAUUACUGAAAUACUGCCGAUGUGGCGUGAAGCCAAAGUCACGCUUCACAGCUCGUAAAAGAAACAAUGUGCUUCAGAGGAUAAAUCGCCACGAUAUUACUGAAAUACUGCCGAUGUGGCGUGAAGCCAAAGUCACGCUUCACAGUUGGUAAAAGAGACAAUGUGCUUCAGAGGAUAAAUCGCCACGAUAUUACUGAAAUACUGUCGAUGUGGCGUCAAGCCAAAGUCAUUCAUUCAGAGGAAAGAGGCGCUUCAUUUUGCUACGCUUCAGAGUUGUUUAAAGACAUAACACGCUUCAGAGGAAAAGUCUGACAGGAGCAAACAUACUUGAGGUUGCUACGCAUCGGGGAUGGUAAAAGAGACAACGUGCUAAAGAGGAAGAAAAAGUGCUACACGGAUUACUACAUGACUAAGAGAUAAUGGGUGCUGCCGCCAGUACAGCCGCUGUUCGUGAGUCACGUGUCAUUAGGCUCUCUGGAACUUCCGGUAGUACAUCGGACAGUUUAAAUGGGGAGAACGGUGAAACCAACAACACUGCAACAACAACAACAGCUGACCCCGACACCGGCAAAGCUGAAAGUGCUUUGGAUAAGGAGCACAGUACAGCCGGCCAAUCAGUCAAAUCCUCAGACACCGAGACUGACACGCAGCAAGAACGUGAAAAUAACAUCUCGUGUCUGAAACGAGAAAAAUCCGAAUGGAGAAAAGGAAUAGACUUUGGACAAAACUCAGUGGAGAAUCUAAAGGAGACAUUUUCGAAUUGGGACUCGGGAAAGGCUGACGAGUUGCUAGAAUGUCUUCUUCAAUUUUCAGUGCUGUACUCAAAACUCGGGAACAAAAACGAUCGUAAGCAACGAUUUUGUAAGCGCGAGCUUGGCAGUGAGAUGGUGCGAGUUGGCGCCAUAGACAUCAUGUGCGACAUCUGUGUAAGAAUUCUGAACAGGGCAAACAGAGGCAAGGACAUCCCUCUCAAGGAGUUCCAGAUUCUAGACGAAGCCUUGGUGAAUGUGCUGAACCUGACAGAUGAAUCGGUAGAUGUGUCGGAGAGAGUCUGUCAGAAGGAGGGCGUGCUGGAAGCCCUGGCCGAGUGUAUGGUCUGCAGAGAUAUGGCGUCAUGGGAAGGCGCUCAUAACUUGAUUGGUAUCAUCUACAACUGCAGCCGACGACCUUCCAAUAAAGACAGACUGAGGAGCAUAGGCUUCACGUGGAUGUUACGUCGUCUCCUCCUCAUUGACGACAAUCUGAAGUUGUUUCUUGUGUCCGUGGCUUUAGCCGGCAUCCUCACUGAUGAGGAAAGCAAACUGUUCCAAACAGAUGACCGCGCCAUUAGAGUGACGCUUCAGCUUUUCAAACAGACGUUAAUGUCAAGUGAUCACCGGUUUAAUGGACUGUCUUCUCACGAGUUGGCUGAAGCUACAUCUCGACUUGGGAUCAGUGACUCCAGCAAAAAACUUCUACUUGAUGUCGGCUUCUUGGUUCCCCUUCAGAAGUUGUGUCAGAAGGGGGAUGUUGAGGAACAGGCAGAAGGGUUGAGCGCCAUAUGGACUUUAGCGUUCCACAAAGACGUGCGUGAAGCGAUCCUUUCACAGAAAGGCCUGGUGGACAUUCUGAUCAGCCUCAAGAAGUCCCCAGAUGAGGCAGUGAGGACAAAGGCUGCUAACAUACUUUGGACACUCCGUGAAGAUCUCAGGUCCUCAACUGUACCCAACUUUAAGGCCAUCGGAGAGAAAUUGUGCCGGAAGCCUGUAAAGGAGAAGAAUGACUCGUCUGACUCGGGACGCCAUAUUAUGAUAAGUUACCAAUGGCUUGUGAAGAAGGAGGUGAUCUUCAGACUACACGAGACCCUGGAGGAGCAUGGCUACCGGGUUUGGAUUGACAGACAGGAGAUGAAGGGCUCGAUGACGGAUGCCAUGGCUUUGGCCGUGGAGGAGUCCGACGUCUUUCUAAUGUGUAUCUCCCAGAAUUACAAACAGAGCGACAAUUGUAGAGCGGAGGCGGAAUACGCGUAUUUUCACAAAAAACACAUCAUACCCAUUUUGAUGGAUUCCAAAUACGUGGCUGAUGGUUGGCUCGGCUUGAUCAAAGGACUCAAGAAACACUAUGACUUUAGCGAUGAAGAAUUCUUCGAUGUCAUGUUUGAGGAUUUACUGAAGGAGAUAGGAGGAAAGGGAAAAGGUGCAAAAAGUAACCAGCCCAUAGUGCUAUCGGGUUCGAAUAGCCAGAGUGGUCAUGGUGGCUUACCGGUGAGUGGCGUUCCUAACUGGACACAGAAGCGUGUCAGGCAGUGGCUUCACGAGACCGAAUGUCACGGGAAGUCUCUGCAGAAUUUUACUGGCAAACAACUGAUGUUUCUCAAACAGCUUAAGAAAGAGGCCCCAGAGUAUUUCUAUUAUUUUCUGGAGACGAAGAUUAAACUCCGUGAUAUUGACCAACUGACAGCGUUUGUGGCCGCUUUGAGCUCAAUACGUUGACAACUGUAGACUAUUGCCUAAACGUACCUGUGUGUUUUUGGAGACAAGACCGAAUCCAAGAGACGUCCUGGAACGGACACCGUUCGUGGUCGCUUUGACCUCUAUAUGUCAAUGAUGGUUCAGCUUUUUAAGGUACCGGUAUAUUCUUGACGACAGACCAAACUCGGCCUCAUACAACAGAUAACGUAGUUUGAGGAUC